CCCUUUUACACUAAACUGACCAGGGUAGAACACAAACAAUCUAUUACACCAAGGUUAGAUCCAACCCCCAAAUUAUAGGCCAUAAACACACAUCCCAAGUUACACCCAGACGCCGAAACAAACGUACGCAGCCGUUCAGUUCAGGAACAUUAAAAUUGAAAGUUACGCCCCAAACGCCGAAACAAAAGCACGCAACCGUAAAGUCCAGGGACAUUAAAAUUUGGUGUCCACGUACAUCCCUUUGAGUCGACAAUCCUAACGCCCAGGGCUAUUCAAAUCGUUUCCGUCCGCUGUACCGUCGAGCGAUGGUCCAGCCUGAUAAUUAUGGUAUGGUUCCGCUUUCAUCCUCCUUCGCCCCCCCCCCCCCCGGGUCGCGGGUUAAAGAAGUCAGGUGAAUGAGCCCCAAAUGAAAAGAUUGGUCCAAUUUAACAAUUCUAAACUCAAAAGACUCGCUGGCCAUUGGAUCAUCACUACGCUUAACAUACCGUUCGGAAACCUAUAAAAGCCGGAGACGAAAGUUUCAGGUUAAUGCCAUUCUAGAUCAGAAUCACUGAGAAGUCAGAAGACUCUCAAGUCAACGAUUCAUUUGGGAACUUGUGUAAGGCAAAGCGGCCUCCUACACCAGGGCUGGCGUGUUUUGUUGCCUGAAGGCAGACCUCAGCAGCUCUCCACACAUUCCCGUUGAGGGUGAGUCACUCAUCACCCUCGACCCGAAUCAAAGGCAUUCCAGGCUGACGUCCCAGGACCGGUCUGCAACUACCACAGGAGUAAGCCCACCGCGUGGCAUCCUCAUAUUCAUCACACUAGUGCCUGCCUACCUGCAGGGCACCAGCAACUGGCUACAACACAACGGAGCUUCAACUUAUCCAACCCCGAAGGAGAACCUUGCAUAACAGAUAAGUGAGAGACAGCCGAAUAAGCAAACCAUACGCGAAUCUUUAUGAGCAACAUCCCAGUGAUGAUAUUAUCUUAAACGUCAUCAUAAAAUCCUAAAUCAUUCUGUACAUCCCCCCCCCACUCACUGAUUGUAUUUCUUCUUAAUUUAUCUUUAUUAAAUACUUGUUCUUCCACAAAACCAAUAAGCUUUGCGUUUUGCUUGUGCCUGUCUAUGUGCCUAUAUAACAUCAACCAAAUAUUUACCACGUUGUGGCUCUAAGACUUUACCCCUAGGAGUCGCAGGCCAUCGUCCCCAUCGGGAAGUGCAAACGAACCGAUCGGCGGACUUAUUCCACCACAACGGGGGUAAACUGUGACGCCUAGUCCGGGAUCACAAAACCCUAACUCAUUCAGUAUAGGCACAAGGCAAUAAGCAGAACGUUUAAAAAUUUCCACCCACUAGACCCUAUAUAUAUAUAUAUAUUGAUAACAUAUAACUACAUAUUGCUCAGUAUGGUUUGAUUAUGUCAAUGCUGUAUAGUAUAUUAUAUUAAUUAUAUACUUGUUGUAUCAUAUUUAGAUAAUAACACAGGUGAAGACAUAAUUAAAUAAAUAUUCAGUUAGCCUCUCACCCGCUUCAGCUUCUGAGCAUAUUUCCCCAUCACCUCUAUCCCACAAACAUGGCUGAAGGCACUAGAUCAAAAGCCGAAUCAGCUAAAUCUAUCAAAAUUCGCGAGCUCAACGAGCUAGCAGACCAAAUAGGUAUCAGGCCUGAUGAUCGACCAACGUUCGUCCUGGCUAAGUUCGAGGAGUGGGAAAAUAGAGAGAGGGAAAAAGAAAAAAUAGAUAGAGAGAGGGAAAAGGAAGCUCACGCGUUCCGUAUGAAAGAAAAGGAAAUAGAGUUAGAAAAAUUAAAAGCUAACGACGAAUCCCGCAUCACAAUUGCUGCCGAUCAAAACUCCCCUAAUAGUCAAACCCCUCACUUCAACUUAGAACCUUUCGAUGAAACCAAAGAAAGUAUAGAGACUUUCUUAGAAAGAUUUCAAAACGUGGCUACCAACAACCAGCUACCAAUUGGCAAAUGGUCAUUUAGAGUGUCACAAGCUCUUCGGGGUAAGGCCUACGAGGUGUAUGCUAAGCUCCCCUCAUCUAGUCAAAACGACUACUCAGCGCUCAAGAACGCACUGCUAGUCCAGUUCGACUUGACCGCCAGCUCCUACCACAAGAAAUUUAGGAACUCUCGCCUUGAGAGACGCGAGAUGUAUUCCAGUCUCUUUACUAGACUAGAAAAAUACUUGGAUAAAUGGUUAUCCUUAAGUCCCUUCACUCAAAAUUAUGAAGGUCUAAAAGACCUUAUUCUGGUAGAACAGCUCCGCGAAUGCAUGACCCCUGACCUUCGCAUCUUCAUAGAUGAAAGCGGUGUCACUACACCACAAGAAAUAGUCAGUUACUCUGAUAGAUUUCUAGCAGCCCACAGGGAGCAGAAAACUAAAACAUCAGACCAAAGCCCAUCGAUAGCGAAGGUAGAUAAACAGCCCGACCCUCCAAGUAGCAGCAAUAACAAUAACAACAAACAAACACGCCAGCCCAACAACCAAGCACCCCGCCACCCCAUUCCUCCCAACCCGCCGAGGCAGCAAAAGAAAUGGUGCAGCUUCCAUAACUCUCCUACCCAUGACUCCAGCGAGUGUCAUAAUAGAAGCCGCCCUUACUCAGCCCAACCACUGAUGGUGAUAACGCAAGCAACUCCCGUCCUAGACUCAUCACCGAGUAACCAUCCCCCUACGGUCGAAAAGGUAUUAGUGAACGGAAUAUCCUCUAAUUGUCUAUACGAUUCCGGUUGCUCCUUUUCAGCAAUCGUCAGGAAAUCAUUGGUAAAGCCUCGCUAUAUUAGCAACAAAUGGGUCACCAUACAAGGCGCAGACUUGAACUCUCCCCCAUUCCCCCUUCCGAUCGCCCGAAUAAAGGUGAGAUCUAGAUAUGUCAACGGUAGGAUAGAGGCGGCCGUCAUGGACAAUCCAUGCUUUGACCUAACGCUUGGUGAUAAAUACGUGUUCCUGGGAACUCCUACAGGCCCAGGUUUCACUACCCCAGAGGUCACUCCGGUGAACCCCAACACAACUAACCCCUCGGUCCCUGAAACGGACCACAUCAGCGCAUUCCCUGAGACUAUUGGAUCCCAGGCUCCACAGGAUGGCGCAAGGGAAACCCUUAACUCUCUCCGCAGAGGAUACAAGGAAUCCCCACGAAGCUAUCUAUCGUCUGCAAAGAUUUUCGUUCCCGUGAAAAGGGAUAAGUCGAAAAUCCAUUGGCGCCCAAUAGCUCGCAAACCGGGCCUUCCACAGCACCAUUCGGGCGGGGAGGGAGGCGCACGAAGCCACGCGGCUCAGUCCCAGCGCUUCGGCCCUCAAACCCAGCAAACUGGCCAACCCAACUCCCAGAACUCUAAACAGAGCCGAGGAGUAAAGGCCGAGAAUCACAUCAGCAGUUCUAUCACGAAGAACGCUGACUCUAGCGGCACGAAUGUUGUCAUGCAGGCCGCCAAUCUCAACGCUCUCGCCAUCGAGCGAAGCACCCAUUCUGCCAGCGCACCCAUCAAUGCACAGGGCACUGGCACUGCCGCCAUCGUCCUUCCGCAGGACACUGGCAUCGACAGCGUAAUGGACAUCGCAUCCAGCGCCACAAUGAUUGCACCUGAUAUAGUGCGAGGCAUCAAACCCCUUGGUGCCGCCUUCAAAUCACGGUCCACCGAAACCCACCCCAGGCAACUCAUCACGAGAAGCGCUUGUACAAACGGUUAUGAGACAAGACAAUGUCUCCCCCUCGAGCCGCCUGGUAAGGUAUCUCUGUUCCCCACUUUACACAUUUCUGCACCCCUCCUCAACGCCGAAGGCCUAAAACCGCAUCCGCCCUUAAACCACAUAGAUGAACUACCCUCUAACCCCGCCGAGGUCGUUGUAAGUGAAAACGACCCGCCACCCAGCCAACUAUCAAACUUGCAACUUUGCUCGGCUAAUAAACAAGAAGACCGCAAAAUAUGUCUAAAGUUUCUAUGUCUAGUAGUCUCGUUGAUGUUUCUUGCACACUACUACCGUUCGAACCCUAAAGCAUCACAAGGACCCUCACACGAUGGUUCAACUCUCCAUGUGCUUCCCAAACCAGUACUGGUGGUAACACUUAUGCUCACUACAUUCUUGCUAGGCUAUCUGUCUGAUAGAAUAGGGUGGCCACACUUUUGCGGCCGGCGUAAGGUAUUUCUCACCACGCCUAAGUUCUCGAAGGGCCUUCCGCAGCUUCAACACAAUGAAAACAAGCUGAACACCCAGUCCCGGCUACUACUAUUUAGCCACUCUCUUGCCCGUAAUGGCAGUCACAAAGAGGGAGUAACUCCCGCCUUCCUUGAUUGGUGCACAAGUGUAUCUGCAGAUACAUCAACCCCAGAUCCCGUGGUGGAGUUUGAUGUCCACCAUAGCAUCCCAGCUCACGCUGGACCUGAUGACGUGAUCAGUGAAUGCACGCUCCUACGUAGGGGCCCCGCUUGUCCCUCUAUCAUCUAG